CGAGGUCCGCGAUCUCCCGCGAGGGCGCACGUACCCGAGAGGACCGCGCGCUGGGGCGCCGGGCUGCGCGUCCACCAUGUGCGAGCUGUACAGCAAGCAGGAGACCCUGGCGCUGAGGAAGAAGCACAUCGGGCCAUCAUGCAAAGUUUUCUUUGCGGCAGAUCCCAUCAAAAUAGUGAGCGCGCAGCGGCAGUACAUGUUCGAUGAGAAAGGUGAUCGGUACUUGGACUGCAUCAACAAUGUGGCCCACGUGGGACACUGUCACCCAGAAGUGGUCAAAGCUGCCUUCAAGCAGAUGGAACUGCUAAAUACAAAUUCUCGAUUCCUCCACGACAACAUGGUCGAAUAUGCCAAGCGCCUUUCAGCAACCCUGCCGGAGAAACUCUCUGUUUUCUAUUUUACAAAUUCUGGAUCUGAAGCCAAUGACUUGGCGUUACGACUGGCUCGACACUUCAGAGGCCACCAAGAUGUGAUUACCCUUGACCAUGCUUACCAUGGCCACCUGACAUCGCUAAUUGAGAUUAGUCCUUAUAAGUUUCGAAAGGGCAAAAAUGACAAGAAAGAAUUUGUGCAUGUGGCACCGACUCCAGAUACUUACAGAGGAAAAUACAAAGAAGACCAUGAAGACCCAGCCAGCGCUUAUGCAGAUGAAGUAAAGAAAAUUAUUGAAGAUGCUCAUAAAAGUGGGAGGAAGAUCGCUGCUUUUAUUGCUGAAUCCAUGCAGAGUUGUGGCGGACAAGUAAUUCCUCCAGCAGGCUACUUCCAGAAAGUGGCAGAAUAUGUACGUGGAGCAGGGGGAGUUUUCAUAGCUGAUGAAGUUCAGGUGGGCUUCGGCCGAGUUGGAAAACACUUCUGGAGCUUCCAAAUGCAUGGUGAAGACUUUGUUCCGGACAUUGUCACGAUGGGGAAGCCAAUGGGCAAUGGCCACCCCAUGGCCUGCGUGGUGACAACCACAGAAAUCGCAGAAGCCUUCAGCAGCUCUGGGAUGGAGUAUUUCAAUACGUAUGGAGGAAAUCCAGUGUCAUCUGCUGUUGGCUUGGCCGUGCUAGAUGUGAUUGAAAAUGAAGAUCUCCAAGGAAAUGCCACUAGAGUAGGGAAUUACCUUAUUGAGUUACUAAAGAAACAGAAGGCUAAACACACUUUAAUAGGCGAUAUCAGGGGCUUUGGCCUAUUCGUCGGGAUUGACUUAGUAAAGGACCCUCAGAAAAGGACCCCUGCCACAGCGGAAGCUCAGCAUGUCAUCUACAAGAUGAAGGAAAGUGGAGUGCUGCUCAGUGCUGAUGGACCUUACAGGAACGUGCUUAAAAUAAAGCCCCCCCUGUGCUUCACUGAAGAAGAUGCAGUGUUCAUGGUGGAGCAUCUGGACAGGAUUCUGACGGGUUUAGAAGAAGCCAUUGGAGGCAAAGCUGAAAGUGUGAUCUCAGAGAAUACUCGAUGCAGAACAAAGCUGCCCAAUGAAGCCCACUCGGAACUGCUCAGUGAUGGCUCCAGGGACCCCAAAGAAAGUUCCAGCCGGAAGAGAAAUGGAUUAUGUGCAGAUAAACAUUCACUGCUCAACAAGAGGCUCAAGAUCUGAGAUCUUAGCUUUUUUCGAGCAAGCCAAGUCUCCAGAGUCCCUGAGCACAAAUGCCGUGUCCCCUCUGACUCCCCCUGUGGCACCAGGAAAAGUAGAGUCUGCAUUCCAUGGAGGUGUUCCAUGGCAAGGUGAAUGAUUGACUCGGAUAAACCAAGUGAUGAUCAAACCACGCCAAGAUGGUUGAUUCAGCCUCUAGCCUGUUAAUUCUUUACUGAGAUGUCUGAAUGUGUGAAAUUAAUUGUGCUAAAUUUAAGCUUCAAAUUAAGUUGGCAGCUUUACUUCUCGUGUUUAAUGUUUGAAAUGAGAGAACAAAGUUCAGUAGGUUCCUUACUCUGGAGCCUUAGUGCCUUAAAAGAUGAAAUCUGUAGUGACUUAAUUUAUAACUAUAUUUAUGAACUAUAACAAAUAAAAGA